AUGAACCUGAAUCGUGCAAGCAAGGAAAUGACCGGACUUUCUUUGCCGCUGGAUCGAAAUUCGCUCAAUUCUCCGUCUUCUACUAAUCCUCUUCAAAGUGGUAGAAAUGCGUUGUCUUUGUUAGUGCAGAGAGAGAUUUGUCCUAGAACUAAACACACGCCAAAAAGGCGAUGGGGAGAAGCUUCUCAAUGGAAUCCUAAUUCUUCGUUUGUUCCUAAAACUGAGCCAGCUAGAGAUGCAAAACGCGGUCUUAUUUCAUGGGUUGAAGCAGAGUCGUUAAGGCAUUUAUCAGCCAAGUAUUGCCCUCUGGUGCCUCCUCCAAGGUCGACUAUAGCAGCAGCAUUUAGUCCUGAUGGAAAAACACUUGCUUCUACGCAUGGUGAUCACACGGUGAAGAUAAUCGAUUGCCAAACUGGAAACUGUUUAAAGGUGUUGAUGGGUCAUCGGAGGACGCCAUGGGUGGUCAGGUUCCACCCACUGCAUCCAGAAAUUCUUGCAAGUGGAAGCUUGGAUUACGAAGUUCGCUUAUGGGAUGCAAACACAUCAGAGUGUAUAGGAUCCCGUGAUUUCUAUCGUCCUAUUGCUUCCAUUGCUUUCCAUGCAGAAGGCGAAUUGCUUGCUGUCGCAUCAGGUCACAAGUUGUACAUAUGGCACUACAAUAAGAGAGGAGAGGCAUCUUCACCAUUCAUUGUAUUGAAGACUAGGCGUUCUCUUCGAGCAGUGCAUUUUCACCCUCACGGUGCUCCCUUUCUCUUGACUGCUGAGGUCAAUGAUCUUGACUCUUCAGAUUCCUCAAUGACACAGGCAACAUCUCCAGGUUACCUGAGAUAUCCUCCUCCUGCUGUUUUUGUCACAAAUGGCCAGUCCAGUGAUCGUGUUAACUUGGCUUCUGAACUGCCUCUUAUGUCCUUGCCUUUCUUGUUCGUGCCUUCAUUUUCUAUAGAUGAUAGUAGAAUAGAUGCUAAUAGACAUGUCACUUCAAGUACAAUGCAAGUGGAGUCAUCUACUUCAAUGCAGCUUCAAUUGGAUACAAAUGCAGCGGAUAGAUAUGAUCCCUUAGUGACUCCCAUGGAGACAUUUCCUGCAGUCCCUUCUAGUUCAUAUACUGGUGCAGAAGGUAUGGUAAGUAAUUCUUUCCCAUCUGGAAUGGGAAGUGGUGUUUCAAACACUAGAGAAGAUGUCAUGGAGACUGAUGAAAUGCAGCUUGUAGUGGGGAACCCACAGGGAAACUCUGCUAGUGUAGAGACAUUUGGUCUUGGUAAUAGUGCAACAGAUGGAGUAACUGCACAUACUUCAGUUAGGCAGCAGUCUACUGAUUUUGGGCAGCUUCAGCAGUUUCUGCCCUCCAGAGACUCCACGCGGUGGGAGCUACCCUUUUUGCAGGGAUGGUUAAUGGGUCAGAGCCAAGCUGGUGUUCCCUCGACGCUUCCUCUUAAUAGUGGUAGUCGUGAACAUUCUGCCCAGUAUAUUGGUCCUUCCUCAUUAACAUCUUAUCUAUCUACUCAAAAUGUGGAAGCUGCAGUGGUUUCUUUGGCAAUGCCUGGCACCACCAGCCUAUCCGGGGUUUCUGGGAGAUCUGGCUUGCGGCAUCGGAUUUCACGCUCCCGGUUCUCUGUGCAUGAAUCUGGGGAAAGUGUGGCUCCCAUUAAUAUGCAACACGAAGGUACUGAGAAUCAGCCCAUAUUUAAUAGAAUCCAGUCUGAGAUUGCAACGUCAUUGGCAGCUGCAGAGUUCCCAUGCACCGUAAAGCUUAGAGUGUGGUCUCAUGACAUAGAACAUCCUUGUGCACAACUUAAUGCUGACAAAUGUCGCUUAACUAUACCUCAUGCCGUCCUUUGUAGUGAAAUGGGCGCUCAUUUUUCACCAUGUGGAAGAUAUUUAGCUGCCUGUGUAGCUUGCAUGCUGCCUCAUAUGGAAGCUGAUCCAGGAUUACAAACGCUAGUCCAUCAAGAUACUGGGGCAGCGACUUCCCCUACUCGACACCCAAUAUCAGCACACCAAGUUAUGUACGAGCUGCGCAUAUAUUCCCUGGAGGAGGCAACCUUUGGUUCAGUGCUUGUGUCACGUGCAAUUAGAGCUGCUCAUUGUUUGACUUCAAUCCAGUUCUCCCCAACAUCUGAACACAUAUUACUGGCUUAUGGUCGACGUCAUGGAUCCCUUCUAAAAAGCAUUGUCAUUGAUGGGGAAACAACACCACCUAUUUAUACGGUUCUAGAGGUUUACAGAGUUUCAGAUAUGGAACUUGUGAGAGUUCUUCCUAGUGCAGAGGAUGAGGUCAAUGUUGCUUGUUUUCAUCCAUUUGCUGGGGGGGUCUUGUUUAUGGAACCAAGGUUUGCAUCUUUCUCUGGUCAUGUUCUUCUUAUUGUUUUCGGUAAACUGCAGGAAGGGAAACUUAGAGUCCUCAAGUAUGAUGGUGCCCAUGGUGGGAAUUGUACUGGACCAAGUUACUUUCCUGAAGAGAACUUGGCUGAGGUCCAGACAUAUGCUCUAGAAGGUUGA